AUGGAUCGAUCUAACAAGGAGAUGAAACCGGGAUGUUGUUUCCCGGUGCGCCUGGAUCGGUCCAUGAGGCGCAGCUUCAAAUUUUCCAGGAGCUCUUCCUCUGAUAAAUUGAUUAAAGGUUCACCAAAGACUGGUGAUACACCAAAAUCGUGCUCAGGGGCACCAGUCAAGUCGCCCGGGCUGGUGGCAUGCUUUGGGGAACUGUUGAUUGAUUUUGUGCCAACAGUUUCUGGAGUCUCACUGGCUGAAGCACCAGGUUUCAAGAAAGCUCCAGGUGGGGCUCCUGCUAAUGUUGCUGUGGGAAUUGCAAGGCUUGGAGGCUCCUCUGCUUUCAUUGGCAAGGUGGGGCAAGACGAAUUUGGUUAUAUGCUGUCUAAUAUUCUGAAGGAGAAUAAUGUGGACAACUCUGGCAUGAGAUUCGACUCACACGCAAGAACUGCGUUGGCCUUUGUCACCUUAAGGGCUGAUGGCGAGCGGGAAUUCAUGUUCUUCCGCAAUCCAAGCGCUGACAUGCUUCUCACUGAAGCAGAACUCGACAAAGAUCUCAUCAGAAAGUCCUGCAUUUUUCACUACGGCUCGAUCAGUUUGAUUGAGGAACCAUGUAGAUCAACUCAUCUUGCAGCUUUGAAAGUAGCCAAAGAGGCAGGUUGCAUUCUCUCUUAUGACCCAAAUCUUAGGUUGCCCCUAUGGCCAUCAGCUGAGGCUGCUAGACAAGGCAUCAUGAGCAUAUGGGAUCAAGCUGAUGUUAUUAAGAUAAGUGAGGAAGAAAUCACAUUCUUGACUGGAGGAGAUGAUGCUUACGAUGACAAUGUGGUGUUUAAAAAGCUUUACCAUCCAAAUCUUAAGCUUUUGCUUGUUACUGAAGGGCCAGAAGGCUGCCGAUACUACACCAAGGAAUUUCAUGGAAGAGUUCAUGGUGUAAAAGUCCAGGCAGUUGACACAACUGGUGCAGGGGAUGCUUUUGUUGGCGGAUUGUUGAACAGUUUGGCUACAGACCCUGAUUUGUACAAGGAUGAGAAGAAAUUACAAGAGGCCCUUUUGUUUGCCAACGGCUGUGGUGCAAUUACUGUGACUGAGAAAGGAGCAAUCCCAGCGCUCCCAACUAAAGAAGCAGUCUUCAAGAUUUUGGAUGCUGCUACUGCCUGA